CCGUGCGUUACCGAUUUCUAUAAAUUUUAUGUAUGCCCACCGUGAGCCUCAUUACCAUUGUCAUAUUAUUUCCCUUUAACGAUCACCGAAUCAUCACGACUAUAUCGAGUAUAUCUUGAACUUUAACUUACUCAAGUUAUAUAUUAAAGAUCCAAUUCAGAAAUCCAACAUGGCUCGACAACUGUCACCGGAGGAAAUUCAAGUCUUCAAAGAGCUCUUUGACUCAUAUGACACGGAUAAGGGCGGUAACAUAAGUGUGGAGGAAUUUGCGAAAGUAAUGUCUCAGAGUCCCGGAAAGCAGCCAACACCAGACGAAGUACAGCAAAUCAUCAGAGAGGUUGAUCUCGACGGUGAUGGAACUAUCAACUUCAAUGAGUUCAUCACGAUGAUGACAGGCCAGACGUACCCCCCAGUAGACGAAAAGAUCGACUACGCUAAAGCAUGGAAGCAAUUUGAGCCCUCCCUCAAGGGCUCAAUUACACAAAGCCAAUUCCGGCAACUCGUAGCGGGAUUAGGAGAGCCUAUCGGCGACGUUGAGAUUGAUCAAAUAAUUAAUAACGUAGAUGGAGAAGGCAAAAUCACUUUCCAAGAGUUUGAAACUUUCAUGAAGAAUAGGAGUAUAGUGGAUGAGAUCGUGAAGGGCUAUCAGUGAUCAGCUUGAUGUAAUGCCGCAGAUGGCUAAAAGUGAUGAUUUGAUGCAUGGUAUUGAUGGUCCGAAGGUUAUCUUUCGGCGGCAUUAUUAUCAAUGCUCUUGUAGAAGGGAGAAAAUCCACGCACCCGGCAAGCCUCCUGUAUCCGAUGCUACUUUAUCAUAGCCUUUAUGAAAAUAUAGAUCAUUGGAAACACAAGGCCGAACCCACCGACACUGCUAACGGAAAACUUUACUUAACUAGACUAGUUUAAUCCUCUUCACCCG